GCGCUCCCUGCUUUGAAAAGCAGACCGGGGUGAAAGCCACGCUUCUGCUGUUUUCCGUCCUUCCGCAAGUAAUCACAGCCCUGCAGGUGCUGAAUUUUUCUGAGGGAGGAGAGAGGCUUAACUUAAAAUCAAGUUCAAGCCUCUGAGUAUUACAUGGAAUUGGACAUUGUAAGAUUUAAAAUUAUAUAAACUGAGAACAUAUUUGCAACUUUGGGAUUUUUGAUUACCACAGUGAGGUCAGAAGAGUUAUAGGACUGCUUAAGUAGUCACGCAGGAGCAAGGGAAGCGCUCUUCACACUGAAUAACUUCUAAAGAGACAACGGUGAGAGCAACAUAAAGAAUUUCACCUGCCCAUCCCCAUUGGUUUCCUUCAACUUUUUGCUGAAGUCAGACUGUGAUUAACACCGUGGACACACUGUUCUGGGUUUCUGAAUGUUUUCUUAACAUAGGCACCUAGAAAGGUAUGGCCGUUUUUCAGAACUCUUGAUAAAUAUUUGCUGAUUGCCUUUGCAAAAGCCUGUCUCCAGUUUGCGACCCAUGAAUAUUGUAUUAUAACCAUCCUCUCACCAUACCCUCACCAGCAUUGAGUAUAAUCUUUUUCAAAAGAUUAGUUUAUUUAUGUAUUUAUUUUUGGCUGCGUUGGGUCUUUGUUGCUGGGCGUGGGCUUUCUCUAGUUGAGAGGAGUCGGGGCUGCUCUUUCUUGCUGUGCGCGGGCUUCUCAUUGCAGUGGCUUCACUUGCUGUGGAGCACGGGCUCUAGGCACGUGGGCUUUGUAGUUGUGGCUCCCGGGCUCAGUAGUUGUGGCUCGUGGGCUCUAGAGGGCAGGCUCAGAAGCUGUGGCCCAGGGACUUAGUUGUUCUGCAGCAUGUAGGGAUCUUCCUGGACCAGGGCUCAAACCCGUGUCCCUUGCACUGGCAGGCGGAUUCUUAACCACUGCGCCACCAGGGAAGUCUGAGUAUAAUCUUUAUUACUGUCAUCUUUUUCAUCACCAUCAUCAUCAUCUCUCAUCAUCUCUGCCAGCUUGCACGUGUGCAAAGGAAGUCUCACUAUUUGGGGUUCACUUAUUUAGUUGCAAGUGUGGUUGAACGUGCUUUGCGUGUUCAUUGUGCAUUGAGCUUUGGAGCAUCCCUCACCCCUUUGGCCAGAGGAUGGGAUGCUGGCGGCUGGGCCCGACCACCAGAAAGCCAGGCCUGGGUGGAGCCGCCGCCAUCCUAGAGCCAGAGGGCGCUGCGAUCCCAAGUUUCCCAUCCACCUCUCCCCCAGCCCCCCCGCCCCGUCCGGACUAGGCCGGGCUGGGCCGGGCUGGGCAAGGGCGGACGGCGGGGGUGGAGGCGCAGGCUGGGCGCAAAGGUUGGUGUCUUCGUGCACCGACCUCAGCCGGAGGGCCCGCGGCACCAUGACGGUGGGAGCCAGGCUCCGAAGCAAGGCGGCGAGCAGUCUCCCGCGCUGCAGGCCCCUCGCCCGGGGGCGAGGGCGGACGGAGGGGGACGAGGAGGCGGCUGCUAUCCUGGAGCAUCUGGAGAGCGGGGCCGAGGCGGCGGAGAGCGGGGCGAGCGAGCAGCGCCCGGGGACCCGGGGCGCGCGGAGGGUGCACCUCGCGGUCCUCCCCGAGCGCUACGAGCCGCUGGAGGAGACGGCGCCGGGCGAGAAGCCCAAGAAGAGGUACCGGCAGAAGCUGAAGAAGUACGGCAAGAACGUUGGGAAGGUUAUCACCAAAGGAUGCCGCUACAUCGUGGUCGGCCUGCAGGGAUUCGCUGCUGCCUACUCCGCCCCGUUCGGAGUGGCCACCAGUGUGGUGUCGUUUGUCCGCUAGUGGGAGCUGCCUGGGCAGACUGGAAGCCUCUGUUCCGGGAACAGUGCGAAUCCGGGAGCAUCUCAGACUUGAACUCACAAAAUACUCGGAAGAAAGAAAACGUCUUGGUUGAAUUGGAUGAGUGUUUCCGAUGAGUCAUCCCCCUCCAACUGCUGAGCUCUCCACACGUCUGGGACACGGGUGGCCCUGGUGGACAAUCCCGCAGAGAAUUAGGCUGAGAUCAGGCUUGGGAUUAGGGUUAGUUCGCUAAAACCGGAGCUGCCCGUGAAGGGGGCAGGGGCUGGUGUGGAGACAAACACUUGACAGAAGUCCGCGCUCUGGGUGGGUAGCAGAGUGGUGAUUAGGGACACGGAUGGGGGAUUUGCAUCUGGAGUGAGCUGAUUUGCUCAAUUCUAGAAAGCGCACAGGCUGACAGGACUCCCAGCCCUUAGCUGCUUCGGUUCUGAGGACACCCAAGGAACUGUUUGUUCCUGAAGUCAUCCCCCCAUCUCCUUCCUGUACCCCUUUGCCACAAGGAGUUUUAAUUACAGGCUUGAGAAGAAGGAAGGAAGAAAAACCUCUUUGAAGGCUACGAUGCUUUGAAAACUGUGUUGACGAUGUGUCAUGACUGUUUCAAGUAGAUGAAGGCUUGUCACUUUCACCUUCUCUGACAUGAAUGUGGAGGUGGUGAUGAGGGUGGUAGGAUCUGCAAGUUCAGGUGCAGGUUGUUUGAGGGAGAGAGCACUCCUGAGGGCUGCCGGGCCCAGUCCAGCCCAGUCCAGCCCAGUCCAGCCCAGCCACAUGGAGCUGGCCAGACUCUCCGGCAGGCAGAUGGCUGGCCUCCUGACUCAGCUGCCUGGGGUACCAUCAGCCCCCUCAUCCUUGACGUCAAGCCGACGAAGGGUGCUCUCUCUGGGGAGAGAGGGAGGUGCUAUACCUGGAAAUGAAAGUGUAUUAUUUAGAGAAGGAACCAGAAGGUAGGAGACAGGUAUGAAGGAAGCAGAAGAAGGAUGCUGGACGAGAGAAGCGGAAGCACAGGUGCCAGGUCUGCGUUAUCAGCGCUGGAAAAUCUUAAGCUCUGGGCGGGGUCCGGGGGAGGCUGGGUGACCAGAGACACCGUGCUGGUGCUUCCAGACCCUCUGAGGCCUGUGAGCUCACAUUGGCUGCCUUUGGAGCAGCCUUUCCUCUUCCGUGCUGCCCAGUUUGACGUCAUCUCAGCUGGAUUCAAAGUUAGGGCGGGCGAGGGUCCCGGGCCUGGAGGGUGACCCGUGGACUGCCACUGGACCAUCGGACAGGGGGGUGCCCGCUGCCAGCUUCCACGAUAGGCCCCUGUUCUGACCUGGUUUCCAGAAUGUCCCGAAGUCCAAAAUAGUUAUUACGGACCAGUCUGCAGGAUUGGUGGCAACACCUGCUUGUUGCCCUGUGAAGUUUCCCGGGGCAGGGAAAUGAGGGCUCAGUGCUCAUGCUUCACCCGUCAAACCCAACCAGGUGGCACCGGAAAGUGGAGAAGGUUGGAAGACAGACAGAUGGACAGAAAGAGGAACGAGUGGAGGAGAGCGUUGUAGCCGGGAAGCUAGAUUGUGCUUCACGUUCUGGAGGCUCAUGUUGAAGAUGAACUUGGACCCAAUUCCUGCAUCAUUAAUAUCGGUGAGGAAAAGAGAAAACAAAUGGUCUUGUUUUAGCUCAAAUGAUGAGAGUUGAUGGUGGAACAUUUUCACACAUGUACGAUAAUUAGAGCCUGGCCACGCUGGGAGUCAGGGAAGAGAGGCGACAUCCGUGGAAGAAAAAGCAAAGCAUCGUCCGGGGGGAAAGAGAGUCAGGCCUGCGCGACCUGCUGGUCACAGGAAAGGCAGACGGGAAGAAGGAGCCUGUGUGGGUUUGAGGACGCCUGCCCGGUGGCCCAGUGCUGCUGACCUGCCCCCAGAGAAGCCCGUUGAGUCUCCCAGGGGAUGUAGAAGUGUGACCUGGGAGGGACGAGAGCGGCUGAAGCCUGUCCAAGGGAGAAUCGCCCCCGCUUACCCCCAAAUUAGAGACAUUAUAAGGCCAAGCACAUUUGUCCCUCAACGUUUUAGAAUACUGGUUAAGAAUUAAUCCAGAAAUUUCAAAAGUCAAAACCUUGCAGGGAUGGUCCUGGGAGCCAGAUUCGUGUGCACAGAAGAUGAACUGCUGUAAACUGUCACUCAGCUGAGUUGUCAUUUCCCCCGAGACAAGGCGCCCAUGCUGCAGAUUACCUUUUCGCCUUUUCUUUCUCUUUAGUUUUUAAAAAAAUAUAUCAGCAUCCACACCCUACUAAAAAUUGAGUUUUAGAACCUUCCCUUCACACGAUUGACCAAGAGGCUUCUUUUGUAUGCUUUUCUUCCAUAUCCUGUGAAUAAAAGCCCCAACUUGUCUAAUGUUUCUGUGCGUGAAGUUUU